AUGAGUUUCUACUUGUUCCCUUCGUUGAUCAUCAGUCUUUUCCUGGCCAGCAUCUCGUUUUUGUCUUUCAUAUUCUUGCCGCUUCAUCAAUACACGAAGAACAUUAGGUUUCAUUCUGGUAUUAACCGUUCUCCUUAUGCAGCAAUGUUUGGUCAAGAGCCCGAAGACGAUGCAACAAUUGUUAACGAUGAGAUUGCUCCAACAUCCGAAGAUGAUGCACUAGAGCAAACAAUAAACGCCGCAGAGAACAUAUUAGUGAAGGUAAUUCGACUCGUUACACAGAUC